GAACAUUUUGUUAUUCAGCACCACAUCAUAUCGGCAUCUCUCAAGAUUUAAAUAAAAUUUGUGAUAAGAGUGAUAUAUUUUCUAGAUUUACACUUUUAUAUGGCGCUGAAAUACCAUAAUGUAGCCGUAUUGUUAGUGAUGAUGAUGAUCUGCAGUGGAGCGCAUCGCAUGAAGCGUUUGUCCUCGCCCGAAUUUUACGGGGACGAGACCCUCGAGAUGGCCAAGUACGUGGUCUCCAUCAGAUCCAGAACGCCGAACAAGUAUUUUGGCGACAAUCACUUUUGCGGCGGGGGUUUGCUAUCCCCACACUGGGUGAUUACCGCCGCCCACUGUGUCAUGGGCCAAGCCAAGAUAAUGUACAAGGCUCGCUGGCUGCUGGUGGUGGCCGGAUCCCCAAGCCGACUUCGAUACAUUCCUGGCAAAACGAUCUGCACGCCGGUGGAAAAGGUCUACGUCCCAAAGAACUUUACCAUGUACAACACCUGGAAUAUGGCGCUGUUGAGACUUCAGGUGAAAAUGCCCUUGAAGGACCCUCGGAUCGGAUUCCUCCACCUGCCUAAUGCAUCGCCUCAAUUGGGCGUAAAUUACUCUGUUCUCGGCUGGGGAAGAUUGUACGCGGGUGGACCCUUGGCAGUGAGAAUCUAUCACCUGGAAGUGUCUCUUCUGGACAACGAGCAAUGUAAGAAGCAUUUCCGCCACUACAGGACGGGAAUGAUGUGUGCCGCCAAGUACAAUGAGACCACGGACGCCGAUCCCUGCAGCGGCGACAUCGGGUCCCCCAUGAUAAACGGCAGGGUGAUUGUCGGCAUAGUCGCCUAUCCGAUUGGCUGCGGCUGCGCUAAUAUUCCGUCCGUCUAUACGGACGUGUACAGUAACAUAAAAUGGAUAAGAUCUACGGCCUAUAGAUUGUCCAGCGCCAUUAGGCCUUUCCCAUUUAUGGGGUUCCUUUUAAUUAUUCCAGCUAAAGUCGGGUGGAAUGGUAAUAUAAUUCCAAAUUAUCUGGUAAACAUUUUUUAAAAUUCUGAGAGAGUGAAGAGUUUUUAAGAAUUCGUCAAAAUGCCUUGUAUUUGCAAAAAUAAAUGUAAUGUAACAGGUCACAG